CAGCAAACACUCUAAUAGCAAGAGCGUGGAAGAAGGAUCAGGCACCCACUAGAGAGGCCCUGAUUCAACAAAUCACCACGAAUAUGGUAUAUGAAAAGGAACUGCAUAGGCAAAGCUCCUCCAACAAAUAUGCCAACCUGGCGCAUGCGAAAUGGGAGUUGGGACUGAGCAAGGAGUGA